AAGGGACUCACACACUGAAAGAAUAUCUUUGAUGAGGACAAUUCAGGCGAGCAGAAUGAUUAUUGCAGCAGAAUUACAUGAUUAACUGAGAUCUUGAAGUAGGUCCGGAGAGUCCUCGUCACCUAACUUAUCAUGGUUGGGGGGAGGUUGACGAGAAUCCAGUUUUGAUAAAGACAAUUGUUUUUUUUUUCCUCCCCAAGUGACUAUACAUUUAAAUAGCUAAAACAUCUGUUCAGCAACAUAGUAAAACAUGUAUACUCAGAACGCCUGAGAGAAGAGCCUGCCAAACAACCGGUUGAGAGGGACUUUGCUGAGGGAGAGCACCAAGAUAAAGCAACCACUGUUUGUUUUGUCUAGUCAGGGGGAAAGCCAAGGCAACCAAUAUUUUGAGUUUCUUUUAUUUCAUUUGUGAAGGAUUAUUUGAGAAAGGGUAGUGAGGGAAGGUUUCCUGACGUGAAUUUUUUAAGCUGUCCAUUAGUAGAAAAGCAAGAGAGCCUUGGAUGUCAACGCCUAACAAACUCUUGAGACCAGCUACCAAACCACGAAAAGUGACUUUCUUCCUGAGUGUUCUCUACGGUCUUUCUGAUGGAAGCAGAAACGGGGAGCAGCAGAGAGGCUAGAAAGGGGGCCAACAGAGGCACUCAAGUCGCCCUGGCUGUGUUUAUCGGUGGCACUGUGGUGCUGGGCACCAUCCUCUUUCUAGUGAGUCAAGGUCUCUUAAAUUUCCAAGCUAAACAGGAGUACUGCCUGAAGCCAGAGUGCAUCGAAGCCGCCGCUGCCAUCUUGAGUAAAGUAAAUCUGUCUGUGGACCCUUGUGAUAAUUUCUUCCGGUUUGCUUGCGAUGGCUGGAUAAACAAUAAUCCAAUUCCUGAAGAUAUGCCAAGCUAUGGGGUUUAUCCUUGGCUGAGACAUAAUGUUGACCUCAAGUUGAAGGCACUGUUGGAGAAAUCAGUCAGUAGAAGGCGUGACUCUGAGGCCGUACAGAAAGCCAAAAUCCUUUAUUCAUCCUGCAUGAAUGAGAAAGCCAUCGAAAAAGCAGAUGCCAAGCCACUGCUCCACAUUCUGCGGCAUUCACCUUUCCGCUGGCCCGUACUUGAAGCUAAUAUUGGUCCUGAAGGAGUUUGGUCGGAGAGAAAAUUCAGUCUUCUGCAGACGCUUGCAACAUUUCGUGGUCAAUACAGCAAUUCUGUGUUCAUCCGUUUGUAUGUGUCCCCUGAUGACAAGGCAUCCAAUGAACACAUUUUGAAGCUGGACCAAGCAACACUCUCCCUAGCUGUGAGGGAAGACUACCUGGAUAACAGUACAGAAGCCAAAUCAUAUCGGGAUGCCCUUUAUAGGUUCAUGGUGGACACUGCUGUGCUUUUAGGAGCUAACAGCUCUCGAGCAGAGCAUGACAUGAAGUCGGUGCUUAGAUUAGAAAUUAAGAUAGCUGAGAUAAUGAUUCCACAUGAAAACCGAACCAGUGAGGCCAUGUACAACAAAAUGAACAUUUCUGAACUGAGUGCCAUGAUUCCCCAGUUUGACUGGCUGGGCUACAUCAAGAAGGUCAUUGAUGUCAGGCUGUAUCCCCACCUGAAAGACAUCAGCCCCUCCGAGAACGUGGUGGUCCGCGUCCCACAGUACUUUAAAGAUUUGUUUAGGAUAUUAGGCUCUGAGAGGAAGAAGACCAUUGCCAAUUAUUUGGUGUGGAGAAUGGUUUAUUCCAGAAUUCCAAACCUGAGCAGGCGCUUUCAAUAUAGAUGGCUGGAAUUCUCACGGGUGAUCCAGGGGACCACAACUUUGCUGCCUCAAUGGGACAAAUGUGUAAACUUUAUUGAAAGUGCCCUUCCUUAUGUUGUUGGAAAAAUGUUUGUGGAUGUGCACUUCCAGGAAGAUAAGAAGGAGAUGAUGGAGGAAUUGAUUGAGGGUGUUCGCUGGGCCUUCAUUGAUAUGCUGGAGAAAGAAAAUGACUGGAUGGAUGCAGGGACGAAAAAGAAAGCCAAAGAAAAGGCAAGAGCUGUUUUGGCAAAAGUUGGCUACCCUGAGUUUAUAAUGAAUGAUACUCAUGUUAAUGAAGACCUCAAGGCAAUCAAAUUUUCAGAAUCGGACUACUUUGGCAAUGUUCUGCAAACCCGAAAGUAUUUAGCACAGUCUGAUUUCGUCUGGCUAAGAAAAGCUGUUCCAAAAACAGAGUGGUUUACAAAUCCAACAACUGUCAAUGCCUUCUACAGUGCAUCUACCAACCAGAUCCGAUUUCCAGCAGGAGAGCUGCAAAAGCCUUUCUUUUGGGGAACAGAAUAUCCUCGAUCUCUGAGUUAUGGUGCUAUCGGAGUAAUUGUUGGACAUGAAUUUACACAUGGAUUUGAUAAUAAUGGUAGAAAAUUUGACAAAAAUGGAAACCUAGAUCCUUGGUGGUCUAUGGAUUCAGAAGAAAAGUUUAAAGAAAAAACAAAGUGCAUGAUUAACCAGUAUAGCAGCUAUUAUUGGAAGAAAGCUGGCUUAAAUGUGAAGGGGAAGAGGACCCUAGGAGAAAAUAUUGCCGAUAAUGGAGGUCUGCGGGAAGCUUUUAGGGCUUAUAGGAAAUGGGUAAAUGAGAGAAGGCAAGGAGUUGAGGAGCCUCUCCUACCAGGCAUUACAUUCAACAACAACCAGCUCUUCUUCCUGAGUUAUGCCCAUGUGAGGUGCAAUUCUUAUAGACCAGAAGCUGCCCGAGAACAAAUUCAAAUUGGUGCUCACAGCCCCCCUCAAUUUAGGGUCAAUGGUGCCAUUAGCAACUUUGAAGAAUUCCAGAAAGCUUUUAAUUGCCCACAUAAUUCCUCGAUGAACAGAGGUGUGGAUUCCUGUCGACUCUGGUAGCUGGAGUGCUGUAUUCUGCCAUCCUGAGACAACUGCCCACUUAUUUAGGCCUAU